UCAACCCUCCAGCAGGGACAUCUUUUUUGUGGUUUUGCCUCUUCCUUCCUCUCUACCCUCCCCCCUCAGUUUUCUUUGAUCUUUCCACUUCAGUACUGAAAGAACUCCCGUGUAUUCCAGAGAUUGCUGGAAUGGCAUCCAAGAGAAUUAUUAAGGAGCUCAAGGACUUGCAGAGAGACCCACCAACUUCAUGCAGUGCAGGUCCAGUGGCAGAUGAUAUGUUCCAUUGGCAGGCAACCAUAAUUGGUCCAAACGACAGCCCUUACUCUGGGGGUGUUUUCCUUGUGAACAUCCACUUCCCACCUGACUAUCCUUUCAAGCCUCCUAAGGUUGCGUUUAGGACCAAAGUCUUCCAUCCAAAUAUAAAUAGCAAUGGAAACAUCUGUUUGGACAUACUCAAGGAACAAUGGAGUCCUGCACUCACCGUAUCCAAGGUUUUGCUUUCCAUAUGUUCUCUGCUCACUGACCCAAACCCAGAUGACCCACUGGUUCCUGAGAUAGCUCACAUGUGCAAGACAGACAAAGUCAAGUAUGAGUUCACGGCUCGCAACUGGACCCAGAAGUAUGCCAUGGGCUAACUCAUCAACCCAACCCUCCAAAUUCUCAUAUUUCCACCAUCUCCUUUUUUGGUUUCGAGUGUGAAUUAUUAGAUAGUGUCCUACAACAGUAUAAAUAAUUAUUGAGUCCAAGGCUGGCACUUUUGGACUACUACAUUUCUCUUAUUUCCUUUACAAAUAAAUGACUAAGAUUAUCUUUAAUUAA